AUGGUUCGGACAAAGUUAGAUAAUCGAAUUAGAAUUAUUGUGGAAAAUGGUGUUGCUACGGGACAUCGUUCAAUGUUUGUCAUCGUUGGAGACAAAGGAAAGGAUCAAGUUGUUAUUCUGCAUCACAUACUCUCGAAAGCAACAGUCGCUGCCAGACCUUCCGUCCUUUGGUGUUAUAAGAAAGAGCUUGGAUUUACUUCACAUCGAAAAAAACGUAUGAAGGAAUUGAAAAGGAAAAUGCGUAAUGGUCGCAUGGAUCUAAAGGAGAAUGAUCCAUUUGAACUGUUUAUUUCGUCAACACAUAUUCGUUACUGUUAUUAUGCUGAAACACAUAAAAUAAUGGGCAAUACAUUUGGAAUGCUUGUUCUUCAGGAUUUUGAAGCAAUCACACCUAACCUUUUGGCUCGAACUGUUGAAACGGUGGAGGGAGGUGGUGUAAUUAUUUUGUUGCUUAAAAGUGUUAGCUCUCUUAAGCAGUUAUUCGCAAUGACAAUGGAUGUUCAUAGUCGUUUUCGUACUGAAUCUCAUUCCGAUGUAGUUCCACGUUUCAAUGAACGUUUCAUACUAUCAUUAGCCAGUUGUCGUAGUUGCGCAGUCAUGGAUGAUCGUUUAAAUGUGUUGCCUCUUUCAUCACAUGUUUUAAAAAUCGAAGCAGUGCCUGCGAGUGUCAAGAGUAAUCUUAGCGCACAAGACGAAGAGUUAAUAACAUUGAAAGAGUCGUUAUCAGAAACAAAACCGAUCGGUCAUUUAUUAAACAAAUGUAGAACAUUGUGUCAAGCAAAGACUCUACUAAGACUUUUGGAUGUAAUAACAGAAAAAACGUUGCAAGCAACUUGCUGCAUAACAGCAGCUCGAGGACGUGGAAAAUCGGCCGCUCUUGGAUUAGCAGUCGCGGGUGCUGUUGGUUUUGAUUACACAAAUAUAUUCGUGACUAGUCCAUCUCCAGACAACUUAAAAACACUGUUUGAGUUUGUUGUUAAAGGAUUAGAAGCUAUGAAUUAUGAAGAACAUAUAGAUUUUGAAUUAAUUCAAUCAACAAAUAAAGAGUACAACAAAGCUUUGGUCCGGAUCAACAUUUUUAAAGGUCAUCGACAAGUUAUUCAGUAUAUCGAUCCUCGUGAUUCUGUUAAAUUGUCGCAAGCUGAAUUGGUAGUGAUUGAUGAAGCUGCAGCUAUUCCUCUUCCUAUUGUAAAGAGGCUAAUCGCAGGCCCGUAUCUCGUUUUUCUCGCUUCAACCAUCAAUGGUUAUGAAGGAACAGGUCGCUCAUUAUCGCUGAAGUUAUUGCAACAGCUUCGUGAACAAGCAGCCGGUUUGUUGAAAGACCAUAAGGAAGGGCAAGUUGUGGUUGCUGUAAAAGGUCGAACAUUGCAUGAAUUGGCUUUGGAAGAAAGUAUCAGAUAUAAGCCAGGAGAUCAAAUUGAAGCCUGGCUUAAUCGAAUUUUGUGUUUGAAUGCAUGUAAUGCUCAUCGGUUAGUGUCUGGAAUGCCACCACCAAAGGAUUGUCAGUUAUUGUAUGUUAAUCGAGAUACAUUGUUCUCAUUCCACAAAGCUUCCGAAACAUUUCUUCAUAAUAUUAUGGCAAUAUAUGUGUCAGCGCACUAUAAAAAUUCACCAAAUGAUUUGCAAAUGUUAUCAGAUGCUCCAGCACACCAUCUCUUUGUUUUGGUGGGACCAAUUAACGAAGAGCAAGCCCAGCUUCCAGAGGUGCUAGCAGUCAUACAAAUAGCAAUGGAAGGAAAUUUAUCCGCGGCAACUGUCUCUAAUAAUAUUGGACGUGGGAAACGAGCAGCAGGUGAUUUGUUGCCAUGGACAAUAUCACAACAAUUUAUGGAUGAAAAUUUUCCUACGUUAAGUGGAGCACGAAUUGUAAGGAUAGCUGUUCAUCCCGACUUUCAGUCAAUGGGAUAUGGUUCACGGGCUCUGGAAUUACUUCUGCAGUAUUUUCAAGGAACCGUACCUUGCUUAAAAGACAACGCAGAUUUCAGCAUAGAAGCAAGCGCUAAACAAAUAGAGAAUCCUGAUGCUUUAAUUUUACUGGAAGAAGUUAUCGAACCACGAGCUGACUUACCACCACUUCUUCAUCGCUUAAAUGAACGGCGUGCUGAAAAAUUGGAUUAUAUUGGUGUAUCAUUUGGCUUAAAUUUACCAUUGCUGAAGUUCUGGAAACGUGCUGGAUUUGUGCCCAUUUAUCUCAGGCAGUCCGUGUGUGACCUUACUGGUGAACAUACAUGUAUCAUGUUGAAAGAUAUAAACGAAGAUAUGGAAGAUAUUAGUAACGAAAAUCCUAGUUGGUUGUCAUUAUAUUGGAUAGAAUUUCGGCGUCGAAUUUUACGCUUAUUUGGCUUUGAAUUUAGCAAAUUCUUGCCGCAAAUGGCUCUUAGUAUGCUUCAGUUGAGAAAUACUAGCAUCAUGAAGCAGAGCAAAAGACAAGUUUUUACAAGAAACGGACUGAGAAUGUUCCUAUCAGACAGUGACUUGCACCGUUUAUCUCAGUAUGCUAAAAACAUGAUUGAUCAUCACCUAAUCACUGACAUUCUACCAGCAAUUGCUUUCUUAUAUUUUGAAGAUCGAUUUGAUGAGAAAAUCAAGUUAAACAGCGUGCAGUCUGCAAUUUUAUUAGGUAUUGGGCUGCAGUGCAAAACAGUGGAUGUCUUGGCUACAGAACUUGAUAUUCCAGCAAACCAGUUGUUAGCUUUAUUUAAUAAAGCUAUUCGUAAGCUUUCUGAGUAUCUGGAUCGGCUUUGUAUGGAUGAGAUUCGACGAGAAAUCGAUGAUGAAGAAACUACUAAACGUGCAAUUGAGAUUGCAUCACUGCAACCUGUUUCUCUAUCACUCGAUGACGAACUUCACGAUGCCGCUUUAGAAAUUAAAGAGAAACAACAAAGAGAUAAAGCAAGACUGAAAAAAGAGAUCGAUCAUGAUCUAGCACAAUACAAAAUCAGAGGAAGUGAAGAUGACUGGACUAGUGCUUUACAGAAUAUCAAUCUGAAAAUGGCUAAAAAAAUCGGUCCAAUCCUCUCUGUCAAGUCGUCAAGGGCUGAACCAGAGAGUGUUGACCCUGCACUACUCGAAGAACCGAAUAAGUUUUCCAAUAAUAAAAGAAAGAGGAAAUUUAAAGAUUUCAAUAAAAAGCGAAAUAUGUAA